AGUGCAAUUGUCCGCGCCUCGCUGCGAUGGCGGCGGCGCCGAGCACAGUCACCCCGCUGGCUGCGGAGUCUUCCCCUCAGGAAGCUACCGUCUCUGCCGCCGCCACGUACACCCCUGCCUUCCCGCCUGCCGGUGGCUGUGGCGAUGGCGGCGGCGGCUUUGGCGGCUCCACUAUGGCGGCGGCGGGGAGGGGGGGCAGUAGUUUUAAAGUAGACACCCGCCCUUGCCUCAGAGAAGAUGCCAUUUGGAAUGAACAGGAAAAGGCUGAACUUUUUACAGAUAAUUUUUGUCAAGUUUGUGGAGUGGUUUUACAGUUUGAAUCACAAAGGAUUUCACAUUAUGAGAGUGAACAACAUGCUCAAAAUGUUAGUUUUUAUUUCCAUAUGCGUGGGGAACAAAAUGAAGUGCCUGGUAAGAGAAUGAAGAUGUAUGUUGGGAAUUUUCAGGUGCAGAGGAAUGAAGUAGUGGACAAAAACAAAUUUUGUGAUCUCUGCAACAUGAUUUUUAGCUCCCCAGUUGUUGCUCAGUCUCAUUAUAUGGGGAAGGUCCAUGCUAAAAAACUGAAGCAAUUAAUGGAAGAACAUGAUCAGGUAUCUCCUUCAGGAUUUCAGCCAGAAAUGGCGUUUAGUGUAAGAACCUACGUUUGCCAUAUUUGUAGUAUCACUUUUACAUCUUUAGAUAUGUUCCGGUCUCACAUGCAAGGAAGUGAACAUCAAAUUAGAGAAUCCAUUGUCAUCAAUCUAGUGAAGAAUUCAAAGAAGACACAAGAAUCUUACCAAGAUGAGUGUGCCGAUUACAUCAAUAUGCAGAAAUCCAGAGGACUAGAGCCCAAUACUUGUUUUAGAAAGAUGGAAGAGAGUUCUUUGGAAACACGUGGAUACAGGGAAGUAGUUGAUUAUAGACCCAGACAUAGAAUGUUUGAACAAAGUGUCCCAUUUGAGAGUUUCCAAACAUAUACAGGAUCAUACAAUAUUUCACAUGCAGUAGAAAACCAGUUACCUCAUUCCUUACCAGGUCAUUCACAGAAGACAUAUGGCUCGUUCCAAGAUGAACUUGAAGAUUACAUCAAAGUGCAGAAAGCCAGAGGACUAGAUCCGAAGACUUGUUUCAGGAAUAUGAGAGAGAACUUUGUGGAAACUCAUGGGUACAGAGAAAUGGUUGAAUCUGGACCCAGGCAAACAACAUGUGAGCAAAGAUUUUCAUUUGAGACUUCCCAGACCUACCAGCAACCAUAUAAUACUUCACAAGUGGAAAGCCAAUUACCUCAUUGGUUACCAGCUCAUUCAAAGAGGACAUAUGAUUCUUUUCAAGAUGAACUUGAAGAUUACAUCAAAGUGCAGAAAGCCAGAGGACUAGAGCCAAAGACUUGUUUUAGAAAGAUAGGUGACAGCUCUGUGGAAACAUACAGAUAUAAAGAAAUGAUUGAUGUCAACCCCAAACAUAAAAUGUUGGAGCAAAAUCUCCCAUUUGAGACUUUUCAGACCUAUCCAGGACCAUACAAUAUUUCACAAACAGUGGAAAACCAGAUACCUCAUUGUUUACCAGCUCAUGACAGUGAACAGGGACUAGACUCUAGUAGUUACUAUCAACUCACCAGAGAUUAUUUCCCAGAAAAACCAAUACCUUUGAGCCUUAAUCAGCAAGAAAAUAACUCUGGCCCAUAUAGUGUAGAAUCUGAAGUUUACAAGGACCUCGCCUCAGAAAACAAUACCAGUGAUGACCAAGCAGGUCAUAAACGGAGACAUCAGAAGAAAAGACGACACCUGGAAGAACGUGAAGAAAGGCCUGAGAAGGAACAGUCCAAGCAUAAAAGGAAAAAGAGUUAUGAAGAUGUAGAUUUAGACAAAGACAAGAGCAUUCGUCAAAAGAAAAGAGAGGGGGAUAAAGUUGGGGUCAGUUCAGGAAAGCUUAAGCAUCGAAAAAAGAAAAAAAGCCAUGAUGUGCCCUCUGAGAAAGAAGAACGGAAGCAUAAGAAGGGGAAAAAGAAAUCUGUUAAAGAAAGGACAGAAGAGGAAAUGCUUUGGGAUGAGUCUAUUCUAGGAUUUUGAACUUUUAGUUUUGUUUACCCAAGGAUGAUUUGAA